AUGGAGGAAAGUACUCGUCACGAUCAAGACCCUUGUGGAAGUGAUGACAGCGAAUCUACCACCGAGGUUUUGUCCUGCAGCAGCGACUCUGACACAGAGGAAAAGAAUUGGGCGCCGGUUGUCGCCGAAAAUUUAAUUAACCCUCGUUCUCCCCUUUAUAACCCCACCCUAGUUCUACAUCUGAGUUCGGACGACGCUUCUGUGGGUACCGGUGAUACGGCGAGAUUAGACGCAUCUGCCCCAAGGUAUCUAAAUCUUGAGACAUAUUGCAAGGCUGUCAAAGACCCAACACAAGAGCCUGAUACCACUUUCGAGCUUAAAACGACAAUAUUAACAAAAAAGAGGAACAUUCCAAUGAUAUCUUUGCCCUCUUCUUCGUCAUCUGCCUCGCCAUCCCAACCGCAGCAACAGCAACAAGUGUUUCCAAUCCCUGGUCGCCGCUUCCUCCCUCACCAGAUGCCCGUUUACGCCCCACGGAUAGAGCCACCAGAUACAAUAAAGGUCAUGGCCACAGUAGAAGGCCCCCUGUCUGGCUUAAGGGUGGCGAUGGAGGGAAAGAAACGAAUUAAGGUCUGGACAAGAAGAGAUGCUGGAAUUCGUGGCUAUUUUACCGGUUUCAUUGAAGCUUUUGAUAAACAUUGGAAUCUUGCAUUGAGCGACGUGGAUGAAUUCGCUCUCUCUCAAAAUUUAGAUUCUAAUCAGAAAUAUAAACCUGAGUUACGUCAACCAGACCCGAUAGUUACCUCUUCACAAAGGCGAUCUCGUUCACCAACAAAGCCGUGUAAACCAGUACCUACAACUAGUCCUACCAAAAAAUCUAAGCGAAUCGCAGCCAGAUCGAGGUCCCAGACUAGUAGACAUGUAAUGGAAGCUGACUCUUCGGAAGAUUUGGUGACUUGGUGUAGACAUAAAAUGAGAAAUCUCUCCUUAAGUAAUGAAAAAUCUAAGAAAGCACCAUCAUCCGUGUGCCCAAUAUCAACUCCCAUCCACACAAAAUCCUUUCUACAAAAGCACAGUGUCACACGUUUUACCCAACCUAUCCGAGAUGCAAAUGGAUUUGUGGUUAUUGGGGUGACACAAAAAAUGGAAAUUGUGGAGCGACACGUCAGCCAGUUAUUCGUUAUGGGAAAUGAUAUCGUGAUGGUGGAAACAAUGCAGUGA